AUGUCGCCAAACAGCAAAGCCCUAUGUGAAGCAUAUAGCAAUGAUGAGGACAGAGCAGGAAAUCCUGCUUUUGAUGCUGUUCAGCAGGAUUUGCACAUCACGGUUGAAGAAAUUGCAGCAAGCUAUCUUUUGGGACCUGCCAACAUUCUCCUUGCGGUCAUGGGUAUUAGCCAUGCUAUAAUCUCUGGCUCUUAUGCUCUCCUUGUCUUCUUUCAUGGCACAUUUAUCCCUCAAGAUCUCGAUAUCUAUGUUCCUGUGCAGUGGAUACAUAUCCUCAAGGCAUAUAUUGUGGAGAGAGGAUGGAAGAAGAAUGACGACCACAAAGACACAGCUUAUGACAUGGCCAGUGUUCUUGACAUUCUGCUCUUCAAGCAUCCUCAAAGCAAUCGGACCAUCAAUGUUAUCAUAUCCCGCACAAGCUCUGCCAUUCAACCUAUUGUAGAAUUUCAUUCUACUCUGGUUAUGAACUAUAUAGCCUCGUAUGGAGUGGUGUGUUUAUAUCCCACAUUGACACUCAUGGGAAAGGGGAUAAUCAGGGUUCAAACUGACAAAACUCCUCACCCAGGCGAUCGGUUACUGGACCGCUAUGCGGACCGUCUCCACUUUGACGAGCGCAAUCCUACCCAGGAUAGGCGACCAUAUCUAGACAAGCUCAUCGCGAAAGCGAGGGCCGACCCUUUAACAGUACUGGCUGCAACUGAUGGUGCUGUCCCUCAGUCCAACCAGUAUCAGGCGGCUUCGGCAGCCAUCAUCUACAAGGGACAUCAUGAGCUCAAAAGGACUCGUUAUGUCUCUGGCAGAGUUACCGCCCCGGAUGCAGAACUCAAUGCCAUCUCGUGUGCAGUGCGCCUUGCUGUCAAGCAAGCAAACUGCCAACAUAUUAUGGUCUUUACUGACUCUAUGGGCUUGGCCCAUAGAGCGGUUGACCCUGGUGUGCAUUCUGGUCAGGCUUUUAGCCUGUCAGUUUGUUGCAUUCUUCAAGAGUGGUUUGAGGCAGAUGAUCUCCGCCGCAUUACCUUUGUCUACAUUCCAUCUGCUUUGCGGUGGGAUAUCCAUGUCCUGGAUUCGUGGGGUUCCACUUUCCAGGAUCCAACUUACCGAGGCUCUGAAUUCUUAGAGCUUCAACAGCCUGACAGGCAGCUGCUACAGCCAUUGUACCUCAAUGGGGGACCUUGGCUUUCAACUUUCGGACACAGUAUCACUGAGUUUGCUCGCGUUUGCCGGUGUAUAACUGGCCACGCACCCAUUGGAGUGUAUUACCGUCGCUUCAAGAUCAACGAGCCUCACGGCUGCACUUGUGGGGCUGCUUUGCAGUCUUGCCAGCACGUCCUCUUUCGCUGUCACGAUCGCUACUCUGUGCAUUACCCCCACUUUCUUGGGGAUAUUGCAUCUUUUAUGAAGUACAACCCCAUGGCGUUUGGCUUCAACCAGGACCCUUCAGGUGUCGGAUAA